ACAUUCACCUCAACUUUUACUUGCCAACUCCAUACCCGCAAGCGCUCCUCCCACUCCUCCUUUCCCAAAAUAAAUACGCGAAGCAACACUGCCAAAGGUUGUCUGUCACUCUCUUGACUAAGAGCAAGAGAGCAAGCUCUCUCUCUCUCUCUCUCUCUCUAUCCGUGUCUCUCUUUCUCUGUCCGUGGCAAGAAAACGGCGCUGAAAAUGGCGGGAGGCGCGAUCUGCGCUUCGCUGGCGGUUGCCCUGUUCUUCGCCGUCGUCGGAGCUGAGAACCCGUACAGGUUCUUCAACUGGAACGUGACGUACGGCGACAUAUACCCCCUCGGCGUCCGUCAGCAGGGGAUACUCAUCAAUGGCCAGUUCCCAGGUCCCGACAUCCACUCGGUCACCAACGACAAUCUCAUCAUCAACGUCUUCAACAGCUUGGACGAGCCUUUCCUCAUCUCCUGGAGUGGAGUCCAACAGAGGAGGAACUCCUUUGAGGAUGGGGUGUAUGGCACAACUUGCCCUAUACCACCCGGUAGAAACUUCACGUACAUCUUCCAAGUGAAGGAUCAAAUAGGGAGCUUCUUCUACUUCCCAUCCCUUGCAUUCCACAAGGCAGCUGGUGGGUUCGGUGGGAUCCGGAUUCUUAGCCGACCUCUAAUUCCUGUCCCAUUUGCAGAUCCGGCCGGUGAUUACACUGUUCUUAUUGGAGACUGGUAUAAGGCCAAUCACACGACUCUCAAGGCCACACUUGACCGAGGUAAGAAACUACAUUACCCUGAUGGGAUCCUCAUAAAUGGUCGUGGACCAAAUGGCAUCUCUUUCAACGUGGAACAAGGAAAAACUUACAGGCUUAGGAUAUCAAACGUGGGAUUGAUGAAUUCCCUCAACUUCCGUAUUCAGGGCCACAAAAUGCUGUUGGUGGAGGUGGAGGGGACGCAUGUGAUGCAAACUCACUUCUCCUCUCUGGAUGUUCAUGUGGGCCAAUCUUAUUCGGUUCUAGUCACAGCAGAUCAACCUGCUCAAGACUAUUACAUUGUGGUUUCGACUCGGUUUUACUCUCAAAUCAAUACCACAACUGGCAUUCUUCGUUACAGCAACUCUGCUGGCCCAGUCUCUGGCCCUCCUCCUGGUGGACCCACCAUCCAAAUUGAUUGGUCCCUGAACCAGGCCCGUGCUAUCAGGACUAAUCUUACAGCGAGUGGACCAAGGCCUAACCCCCAAGGCUCAUAUCAUUAUGGUCUCAUCACCCCCGCCAGAACGAUCAGACUGUCGAGUUCUGCCGGUCAAGUUAAUGGGAAACAAAGAUAUGCUGUUAACAGUGUCUCCUUCAUCCCAGCGGACACUCCUCUUAAGCUUGCAGACUACUUCAACAUCGGUGGAGUUUUUCGGGUAAAUAGCAUAUCAGAUAGACCCACCGGUGGAGGUAUAUAUCUCGACACAGCAGUUUUGGGUGCUGACUACAGAGCCUUCAUUGAGAUAGUGUUUGAAAAUGGCGAGGACAUAGUCCAGAGUUGGCACCUUGAUGGAUACAGUUUCUUUAUUGUGGGCAUGGAUGGAGGGCAAUGGACAACUGACAGUCGAAAUCAGUACAAUCUCCGUGAUGCUGUUUUCCGGAGCACCACUCAGGUUUACCCCAAGUCAUGGACGGCCAUCUAUGUGGCACUAGAUAAUGUGGGAAUGUGGAACUUGAGGACUGAAUUUUGGGCGCGACGGUACCUCGGACAGCAACUCUAUUUGCGAGUUUACACUUCAUCGACUUCGCUGAGAGACGAAUUCCCCAUUCCGAAGAACGCGCUUCUGUGCGGCAGAGCGCAAGGGCGACACACGAGACCCCUCUAAAGAUUUCGAGCCUAUAACAGUUUGAGUAACCGUGUUGCAGAAGUCUCUGAUACUCAAGUUGAAUGGUCUAGAGUAGAGGGUAUUUGAUUUAUUCAAGAUGCUCUUGAAUGCUUUUGCUAGAGCUAUUGUGUAAUUUCAGACAUUGAAAGACCUCAGCUCGAGGUCGCAUUCUUUUCUUGUUCAAGAUUCUGAUGGCGAUAAUAUUUAUAUUUACAGAUCGAGAUUCUUCCGUGUCGUA